CACUAUCUCAUCUAUGUCUCCCACCACACACUCUAAACCAAAUCUCUUUUUGCCCCUCCACAUCCCUAUUUGCCCUUCAUUUCUCCAAAUAUUUCCAAAAUACAACUACCAACUCUCAUCAUAGUCUUUUUGGAUGGAGGGUUAUAAUGGGAAUUCUUGCCAAUGGAUGAUAAUGGGAUUUAGAAUGGAAGUGUUAUUACGGAACCUGGAGACUUAGAUUGUCAUCUAAGAAGGGUUGGUUUUCAGUAGAGAGGAAAAAGGGACAUGAACGUCGGCUAUUUCUUGGGCAUGCUAAUUAAAGGGAGAAUUUUUAUACUAAACUUCACCUCCUGAAUUCACUUUUUGAAGGCAAUAAAUGAGGUUCAGGGCCCUUUAAAUAAUAAUUGAGAUGGUGGAUCUUGACCUGGAGCAGAAGACACCAUCCACUGCUGCGAACAUGUCCAAGAAAAAAGAGCUGCUUUCAACUGCCAUGAAGAGGACUAGUGAAUGGAUCUUUUCCCAGGAAAUCCCAAGUGAUAUAACUGUUAAUGCUGGAGGAACUUCCUUCUCUUUGCACAAGUUCCCUUUAGUCUCAAAAUGUGGAUACAUAAGGAAGCUGGUCUCAGAGUCCAGUGAUGCUGAUCUUUCCGCAAUUGAAAUCCCUGAUGUUCCUGGCGGAGCAGAGGCAUUCGAACUCGCAGCAAAGUUUUGCUAUGGGAUAAACUUUGAGAUAAGUACUGAGAACAUUGCCAGGCUUCGAUGUGUGGCAGAGUAUCUUGAGAUGACGGAGGACUAUGCAGUUGGAAAUUUAGUUGGGAGAACUGAGGCGUAUCUGAAUGAAGUCGCAUUAAAGAGUCUUGCUGGGGCGGUUUCCGUUUUGCAUUCUUCUGAGAGCUUUCUUCCCACUGCAGAGAAAGUUAAGCUGGUGAGUCGUUGCAUUGACACAAUAGCAUUCGUAAUCUGUAAAGAUAGCCAAUUCGCUGCUGGUGGUGGCCAAAAUGACUUGGUUUCCUCCACGAUGACAACCUCAAAGCCAAUCGUUGAUUGGUGGGCUGAAGAUCUGUCCAUUCUCCGGAUUGAUCUCUUCCAAAGGGUCCUCAUUGCAAUGAUCGCCAGGGGAUUCAAGCAAUAUGCUCUUGGUCCAAUACUCAUGCUGUAUGCACAGAAAUCUCUCCGAGGUUUGGAUGUAUUCGGAAAGGGUAGGAAGAAGAUUGAGCCAAGACAAGAACAUGAGAAACGGGUUGUUUUAGAAACGAUAGUUAGUCUUCUGCCAAGAGAGAAGAACACAAUGUCAGUUAGCUUCCUGUCGAUGCUUCUUAGAGCUGCUAUAUACCUAGAAACAACCGUUGCUUGCCGGCUUGACUUGGAGAAGAGAAUGGCCUCGCAACUUGGGCAGGCUGUGCUGGAUGACCUAUUAAUUCCUUCUUAUUCCUUCACCGGGGACACGUUGUUUGAUGUAGAGACGGUGCAAAGGAUCAUAGCGAACUUUUUAGAGUCUGACUUGGAGAUAAACAGAGUGGGAUAUAAUGCAGAUGAAGAUCAUAUUUCCCCUUCGCCAAGUGACAGAGAAAGAGUUACCAAAUUGAUGGAGAAUUACCUUGCUGAGAUUGCUUCCGACCGCAACUUAUCGGUUUCAAAGUUCAUUAGUCUUGCUGAACUUAUCCCUGAACAGUCCAGAUUGACAGAAGAUGGAAUGUAUAGGGCCAUUGACAUUUACUUGAAGGCUCAUCCUGCUUUAAGCGACAUGGAGAGAAAGAAGGUCUGCAGUGUGAUGGACUGUCAAAAGCUGUCUCGGGAAGCCUGUGCCCACGCAGCUCAAAACGACAGGCUUCCAGUUCAAACCGUCGUUCAAGUUCUUUACUACGAGCAGCAGCGCCUGAGGGAAGUCAUGGACGGCAACCUGAGCGAAGCCCCUGCUCUUCCAGCGCCGUCCAAGCUGAGUCCCUACUCCAUCAACGUUCACCCGGUGAACGACGAGGUCUCAACUCUAAGAAGGGAAAAUCAGGACCUGAAACUGGAGCUUGUGAAGAUGAAAAUGAGACUGAAAGAAAUGGAAAAACCUUUAUCAGCUUCUAGUACUCCAUCUCCCUUAGCGGCUGCCCGGCCGACGUCCCUGGACAAACCUCCAUUGCCUAGGAAAUCAUUCAUAAGCUCUGUGGGGAAGAAACUGGGCAGGUUUAUCAGGGCAGAUGGAAUCUCACCUCAAAGUUCCAAAGGUAGAACUAAACCAGCCAAAGAUAGGCGGCAUUCCAUAUCCUGAUACAGUAUUGGUUUGCAAGUGAACUUGUGUUCAAGAACUGAAUCAGAAGCUCAUGGCUCCUUGUACUGCAUUGUUCUGAGGUGGGAAGAAGAGGAGCUGGAUUCUGUAUUUUGCUGUCUUCUUUUCCCGUCUCUUUGAGGUUUGUAUUGUGGUGUAUGUGUAAAUCAUUUAUAGUGUGUGUAAAUUGUUGCGGAUUUGGGUGCUUAUUGUUGACGAUGAAUUGUGAAUUCAGAUUCAGGGGCUGUAUGUAAGUAACUAGUAAAAUAUA